CAUCACUUUACUAGUUCGCUAACUGGCUGCUAGCAGCGAAACGCCUAUCUGCAGAGUAAUCGUAGAGGGGCUGUGUCAAUUUCGUUUACGAUUUUGGCUACCUAUAACUUAACACAUUUGAAUUUUUAUAUUGUAUUGGAUUGAAAAACGUUUAGGAGGGGUGUUUCGAGAUGAGUAGCUCCGAGGAAGUGUCAUGGAUCUCCUGGUUCUGUGGAUUAAGGGGAAACGAGUUUUUUUGUGAGGUGGACGAGGACUACAUUCAAGAUAAGUUCAACCUGACUGGACUCAAUGAGCAGGUUCCUCACUACCGCCAGGCCCUGGACAUGAUCCUGGACUUGGAGCCAGACGAGGAGUUGGAGGACAACCCGAACCAAAGUGACUUGAUUGAGCAGGCAGCUGAGAUGCUGUACGGUCUGAUCCAUGCUCGCUACAUCCUCACCAACAGAGGCAUCGCUCAGAUGCUGGAGAAGUACCAACAGGGGGACUUUGGCUAUUGCCCACGUGUGUAUUGUGAGAACCAGCCCAUGCUGCCCAUAGGCCUGUCAGACAUUCCAGGGGAGGCUAUGGUAAAGCUCUACUGUCCUAAGUGCAUGGAUGUAUACACUCCCAAGUCCUCCAGGCACCAUCACACAGACGGGGCCUACUUUGGCACCGGCUUCCCCCACAUGCUGUUUAUGGUGCAUCCUGAGUACCGCCCCAAGAGGCCCGCCAACCAGUUUGUGCCCAGGUUGUAUGGAUUCAAGAUCCACCCCAUGGCCUACCAGUUGCAGCUGCAGGCUGCCUCCAGCUUCAAGAGUCCAGUCAAGGCCAUCCGCUGAAGCCAAGAGAGGAGGGGAAUGGGGAGAGAGAGGGUUGGGGGGAUAGAAAGGAGAGGAGGGGUCAUCUUAACGUAGCUCCACAUGGAUGCCCCUCCGACUCAAUCAGAAGACUGUAUUAUUUUGGUUUAGAUUAGGACGUUUGAGAACAAUGUCUAUAAGAGUUCAGUGUGAGCAAAGCGGGACGCACAGCUGUUAUUUCUCCCACUAACACACAGACACACACACACACUAGUACAUACAUAAGAACUCCAUGCAUCUACCUUACCAAACUCAACAGUGCCAAAAACAGGAAGAGGCGAUAUAGAGGAAGUAUAUGAUGAUUGGCCUUUGCACUGCUGCUAGUCUCUGUCCAUUCUGGGCCACAUUAGCCAGCCAGACCAGCCAAUUUUUCCACCCUCCUUUCUGAGUUGUACUGAUGUCCUGUCUUUGGCACAGUUUGGUAAAGGGUCAUGGUAAGGCUUCACCACUGGUUGAUAAACCUUUGUCCCCUUCCCUAUGCCCAAACACUGGCUGGCAUGCACAGAAGCAACCUGCUUGGUGUUGAUGAUUGUGAUGAGCAUCACUACAGUGGUCAUCACACUACUGGUACAGACUAAACAUUUCCCAGACAUUCACAAGAUGUUUUAUUCUUGUGUGACAUUCAGGCUUGUAUCAGUGGUAGCUACUUACAUCAGAAAUGAAAAUCUAAUUUACAGAAAUUCUACAUGUCUUUACAGGGCUGUGCAAUUGUACUAGUUAGACAAAGCAUGAUUGGAACUGAUAAAUGAACUUUUUUGUUUGUUACGCUUAGUAGAAACUCCUGCUCUGUGUGUGUCAGCUAGUGUUAACAUCAUCCUAAAAAAUACUGCUGUCAGCCCUGGGAGAAUGUCAACUGUACCAUGUUCUAAUGGGCUGAUGCUACAAUAACAGAACAAUUUGUUCUCCAUAACUGCACUGAUUUUAACAGUGUCCCUCCACAUUUUAGGAUUAUUUAUGUGAAGACUUAGAUGACAGAAAGUCAGCUUCUGGAUUGGUAGGAACUUUUUGUUUGUGACACUGCGGGGGUCCGUCCCCUAAAUGUGUCCCCCACCUGUGCUUAUGUGUCUGCAAAAGUUGAACGCUUGAGAUAUUUUGAUUUUCAGUAAACUUAACAGGAUUCAUCAAGAGUAUAAUUGCUGUUUGUCUGGGUAUAUUCGCAACUGUGGCAGUGUCACCAGGAUUCAGAAUUCUCAAUAAAUAUUUUCUUUUCAUA